CUUCAGAAAACAAAUUGAGGAGACGCAAUAUUGACAUCAACAAAUUCAAUCUAACGAAUCAGUAAAGACAGAUAUUAGACAAUGAAUAAAUAACCGAGACAUAUUAAUUUUCUACUUUACCAUCAAUAGAUAAAUAAUUAAUUUUGUCAGUUUCCAAGAAAGGUCAAACACCUUGGAAAAAGAAAAAAGAGCGAUAAUAUAAAAAGAAUGAGUAAAGAAGCUUCAACUCCAAUAUCUAUGAGGGUGACAAUAUCACUAAUUAAUAAAAAGUUUAGUAGUGUUAAAUCAAUAACAAUCAACACCUUUGCGAAAUUGCUAAAUGACGAAAACUUAGAAGAUAAAUUACUGAUUCUGGAUGUAAGAGCAUCUGAAGAACACCAACUAUCUAAGAUACAAAAUGCUGUUAUUGUUAGUGAAACUGGGAAUGAUUUAGAAGAUACAUUCAACAGAUUAAAUUCUUUAGUAAAGAAUGAAAGCCAAAAGAUUACAGUUGUUUGCUAUUGUUCUGUUGGCUACAGAUCUUCGAGUUACGCUGAAAAGUUAACAAAAUAUAUUAAGGAUAAAGAUAUCAAUUCUUUGAAGUAUUAUGAAAUAUUUAAUCUAUCUGGAGGAAUUUUCAAAUGGAUUAACGAUGGUCACCCAGUUUUCAACCAUGAUAAUCAAAUUACUAACGUUUGCCAUCCCUACAAUAGAAUAUGGGGUAGACUUUUGGACAGGAAAUACGUUCCACCUAGUUUAUAGAUCUAAUUUUUACACUUUUUCUUGAUUAACAGACUCUAUUUUGUCAUCCAGAUGGAGCUGUUGCUUAUUUUUGUUUUAUAAUAUCCGUCAGAUGUCUACAUCUUGCAAGAGGAUUUUAUCCAUCAUUGUCUAUUUCAAUAAUUUUUAUGUUUUUUAACAAAAUAAACUAAUAUCUGUCUCUGCUAUUUUUGAAACUAAUUAUAUCCGAAACUUGAAAUAUUUUACAGCAAUACUGAAAUAUAUAUUAAAUGAUUAUACUAUUUUUUUUAAUAACUUAAAUGAGCGAUAAUAAAAGAAAUUGACGGAUAAGAAAAUAUAUAUUAAAAAGAAUGAGUUUAAAAAGAUAUAUAAUAAAGUUAACGAUGUCACAGACAAGAAGAAUGAAAUUAAUUAUUAUUUCUAGUCUGUUGAUAUUUCUUGGAUUGUUUUACUAUCAUAUUUUUUAUAAAUCUCAACGCAUCAUACCAAUAUAUGUUGUGGAAGAGCAUCACGAAGUGUUACCCUAUUGGUACGACGCUGUUAGGGAUGGAUUAAUAAAAAGAACACAAAACACUUUGAUACAUAUAGAUGGUCACAGUGACAUGAACGUUCCUAUCCUAUAUAAAGGUUAUCCUUUAUUUAGAUAUCCGAAAAGUCCAACGGAAGAAGAUAUAACAAUACAAAGAAACGAUAUGUUUAUAUACGCUGCGGUUAUUGCAGGAAUAUUCAAUAGAGUAAUAUGGAUUUAUCCGUCUUGGUUAAAGCAGGAAGAUGAUGCCAAAUAUACAAAUACUAAAAUUUCUUUAGGUUAUAUCUUUAAAAAUAAAAGAUAUGUUUGUCUAUGCGAAGAAAAUUCCAACGAAACGUCUUGCUAUUAUGUUGAUGUUGAUAAAGAUAUUGAUGAUCGUAUAAUACCAAUGGAAAUUAAUGAAUGUUCAACUUCUACUAAUUUUCAAUUUGAAAUUGUUGAGGAAACUGAAGCUAUUAAGAUGUUCAAAACCGAUUGGUUAAAGAAUGAUGACUCUAUUGUUGUUGACUUUGAUCUCGACUACUACGGUGUUGAAUUGGCGUAUAAACCUAUAACAAAAUAUAAUAUUAAUUGGAAGAAAAUUGAAAAGUUAAAUAGAGCUUUAGAUCCAUUUCUCUGUCCCCGUUUACAACAACACGAAGUACUUGGAAAUGCAUUUUUGGGUAAAGCCGCCCAUUAUUUAUUAAUAGCCAAGCAGUUCGAGAGUAGAAAUGACACUUUGAGAAAAUAUAGAAAAUCUCUUUUAAAAGAGUAUAAAAGAGAUCCUUUGCUAUUUUGUGCUAAAGAAAACGCAGAACUCAUGGAAGGUUGGAAAAAUUUAGCGAACGCUAUUCUUGAUUUUUCUAUUAAAGAAUUUGAGAUAAUUGUUAAAAAAGUUAGAUUUUGUCUCUCAACUUCUUUUAAGACUUUUAUGCCAAACGAUGAUUCACCGGGAAUAGUAGUUUGUCAUGGUAUGAAUACCCCUAACGACACAGUUGUUCAAGAGCAUUACCCUACUCCUGUUGAAACUGUUAAAAGAACAGCAAGACUCGCCAAAAUGCUCUCAGGAAAUAUUGAUAAUAUGAAAAUAUCAACCGUUUGUAGGUCAAUAAGAGAUGGAUAUACUCCACGAAGAUUAGUAGCUCAUCUAGAAGGAGAUGCGCUAUCCGUCAUAAGAGAAUCAGUGUCAACAUCAAAAUUUCUUAUCUAUUUCGAUGAUUUUCUUUUAUGGGGAAAACUUGGAUGGUGGGAUAUAUAAACUUUUUACACUUGACCUUGAAUACCUUUUUUAAACGAAAAAUUUAUAAUACAACUGUUUAGAACUAGACUUUUUUAGAUUUGUAAAUAAAUUGUAUUCUAGUUGGUUUUAAAUGUCUUUUUUUAAAACGUUCAAAUUUUCCAUCUUUAUAUAAUUUAUUUGUAUUUCCAUGGCUAAAUAAACUAAAUAAAACAUUGACUUGUUCUAUAUGAAACAAAUAGUGUUUUAUACUGUUUAUCGCUUAUUUUUUGUUUCAUAACAAAUAUUUCACGUAAACAAG